GUAAUUUUAUAGUUCCUGAAAAAGGAACUUGUAUGAUUUUUGACUAAUUACAAAUGACUAAUUACCUCCUUCUUUUCGAAGUCGGUCAAAAAUAAAAUAAAAAGAAAAUCACAAAAUAUGGAAUUUAGGAAGAACGAAGUUGUUUGAUAGCAUGCGAUAAUUGAGGUGGCGCUUAAAUCAGUUUCUGUUCGACCUAAUUUUCGAUGAAACGUUGACUGUUUUACCGACGCGGAAUUCGAAGUUCGGCCUCGACGCUCGCAUCACCUUAAUUAAUUAUUCAAUAUUACUUGACAUGCAAUUGAAAUUAUUGACAAAUUUAAUGCAUGCAAGUAACACAAUACGGGACCAUAUGAAUUUAUGUAGUCGUAAUUCUAAUGUGAAAAGAAAUAGCCAUGAAACUUUUUCACCCUUCCAACGUAUAUGAAGAAUCUUGGCUAUUAUUGGCCAUAACAAAGCUUUUAGGUUUAUAUCCCGUAAAAUUUUUCAAAUAUUUAUUUCUGAAUUACAUAUAUCAAAUUGUACUGCUAAUAAUUUAUUUCGUCCUUUUUUUCGAAGUACAUAAGUAUGCAAGUGAUAUGUUUAAAACUCUUAUUAGCAUAAAUACGACAAUCACGGUAAAACGAAUUCGAUACUACACAAGCACAAUUUCACUACCGCUAAUUAUGAUCUUAAGCAUACGUCAAAGUUCAAAAUUAAGACGAGUGUUCAAACAAAUAGACAACGUUGAUAAAAACAUGAAAUUUUUUAAUACAGAAAUUGAUUAUCUAUUGUGCAUGAGAAACGAUGUCUUACUACUUAUCAACACAAUACUCAUAACAAUCCUUUUCAAUCUAAUGGAUUACUACGGAUUCGUAGAUAAUGAUUCAAAUUACAUGUAUGUUCUUAUGUGGAUAGUAGAGCAUAUACCUGAUUUUAUCAAUAGUAUAAUACUAUGUUCAUUCGUUAUACUUAUUGAUAAAAUCCGAUUCAGAUUCAAAGAGAUAAAUAUGAUUUUAAAUAUCAUCACAAAAGGGAAAAGUUUGGGCUCCAUCUCUGAAUCAUCUGAUGUAAAUAACGUUUCCAGAUUCAAACUAUUAAAAGUACUUCGAUUUAAAUUGCGUAAAGCAGUAUCGCUCCUAAACGAAAUAUAUGAAUUUCGAUUUAGAAUACUAACGAUGAUGUAUAUUGUAUAUGUCUGUUUACACAUUAGUAUCAUCUACUAUGAAAGUAACGAUUCAGUACAUGCAAUUGAUACAGUAUUAAGUUUAUUAUGGGGUAUUCUUGAUUUAACGAAACUCGUGUGUAUGAUCCACAUUCAUCAGGUUUUAACAGUGGAGUAUGCGUAAAUAACUUAUGAUAUGUAGUUUAAAAUUUGAAACAUGUAACCUAUUUAAAUUAUGCGCUUACAAGGAUACCAACUGGUUAACUAAAACGUUAUGAAGCACAGUUUUAUUUUCUUUCUCAGACGUAGAUGUUCCAGCGAUUACUUAACAAUUAUGAUUCAUUUGAUUGUUUUUCUAAUUCCUUCUUGAAUAUAAAAAGCAAAUUAGAACAAAAUAUGGUCGAAUUUUUAUUUAAAUUUCCCUUUUACAAUGUUCUAAUUUUUUAUCAUGACGUGUCUCGUCAGCGUGCACCAAGCGCAUGCGCAAUGCCACCUUACGUGGCAUCGGCAGCAGUCACUGUUGCAGCGAAGUAUAUACAUUUUCUUCAUUUAGUGUAAACAUUUGUGGAAAUAUUAACUUUUGUUAUGGUUCAAAUACAUUUAACAUUACAAC